AUGAACACUGACUCGACGCUAUCAGCCUGUGUGUGUGCGCCACGGUGAGAACUUCCCUGUCAAAAGUACACACACACUGUCACCUCCAGAGCAGCACCACCAAAGGUCCAAUGGUCAGCACCGCCUGCCUGCCCUUUGAAUGCCUGCACCGCGACUCCUGCUGCUGCACAGAGCACCCGGACUGCAGGAGGGCUUGAAGGCUGACUGGGUUUGCAGCAACCGAGCACGACGGUAUUGACAGAGAAAAAGGAAAAAAAGUUUUGCCGGGGUAUCGCAGUCAUGUCCGGACAACCUAGCUUUGUAAACCCGUUCCCCAGACCCCGCUGUUUGGCCGCUGCAGCUGCGGAGGGCAAAGCCAAACUCACGCACCCUGGAAAGGCUAUUCUGGCAGCUUGAAUACGAGGACGUAACGCAGGUGGGAUUGCGGGAGGUAUAGAGAUCUGCAUCACCUUCCCAACUGAGUACGUUAAAACGCAGCUGCAGCUCGAUGAAAAGGCAAAUCCUCCCAAAUACAAAGGCAUCGUUGACUGUGUGAAGCAGACAGUGAACAGUCAUGGGGUGAGGGGUCUUUACAGAGGGCUGAGCUCACUGCUGUAUGGCUCUAUACCCAAAGCAGCCGUCAGGUUUGGGGUGUUUGAGUUCCUCAGUAAUAAGAUGCGUGAUGAGAACGGUAAGCUAGACAGCAAGAGAGGAUUCCUCUGUGGUCUUGGAGCUGGAGUUGCAGAAGCUGUGUUUGUAGUCUGUCCUAUGGAGACAGUAAAGGUGAAAUUCAUCCACGAUCAGACAUCAGCAAACCCAAAGUACAGGGGAUUUUUCCACGGGGUGAGGGAGAUCAUUCGAACUCAAGGACUGAAGGGGACCUAUCAGGGCCUAACAGCCACUGUACUGAAGCAGGGCUCCAACCAGGCCAUCCGCUUCUACGUCAUGACUUCACUGAGGAACUGGUACAAAGGUGACAACCCCAACAAAACCAUCAACCCUCUGUUGACUGGACUGUUUGGAGCUGUUGCUGGUGCUGCCAGUGUGUUUGGAAACACUCCCCUGGAUGUCAUUAAAACCAGGAUGCAGGGUCUCGAAGCUCACAAGUACAAAAGCACAAUGGACUGCGCCGUUAAGAUCAUGAAGCAUGAGGGACCAAUGGCGUUCUACAAAGGUACUGUUCCUCGGCUGGGUCGGGUGUGUAUGGACGUGGCCAUAGUAUUCAUCAUCUACGAGGAAGUCGUGAAGGUCCUGAACAAAGUUUGGAAGACGGACUGAAACACACCGUGGUGCUACACGAGCAGGAGUGUUAGAACAGGCCACACACAUUAUAAACCAGGCCAAACUAAUCUCCUUAAACACUGCUUCAGUUAGGUUCUAAUAUCUACCUCCUAGUGAUUUUCAGAAAGAAAGAAAGGGAUUGGUAUGUUCUUGAUUUUAUUUAUAACACAGCUAUGACAAGUGAGAAGCAUUAUCUGCAUGAAAAAAGCUCCAGGCUGCAGAGUCACUGCUUACACUUGCUGUUUUGUCUUAAAUUCCAGAGAGGGGGAAGUUCCUUAAGAGCUCAGGGAAAAGAACGGGGCAUUCAUUUAGAUCUGCUCGACUAGAGAAAUGGGAACACUGUCAGCACAAAGGUUCACCUGCAGCUCUUUGAGUUCACUUAUAUUAUGCUGUUAUGUACUUAAUCAAAAAGAAACCAAUACCCGACCCAACAUAAUGUGAUUCAGACACUAUAGACAAAGAAAUUAUACUUGAAAAUUAGAGAUUAUACCAGAGAUCAAACGUUUUAAAGCCCUCUUUAUAUGCAAAUAUUUAGAUUUUUCUUCCUUCUUUUAAAACACAGUUGAAACCCAUUUUGUUCAGUAUCUGAUGGAAUAAUUCAUAUUCAGAUAUCACAUUCUGCAGAGGUUAGGGUACUAAAUGCCUUAAAUCACGAUUGUAGGAUCCACAGAGAUGCAGUUACACAUAAUCAACGCACAUUUCCACAACAAACAGUGGUUGAAGAGGGUUCACUUUUAAGUUGCAGAGAUGUUUUUAAUCAGCUAACUCACUAGACUGAUGCUAUAAAAAAGUGCCUAUGUAUUAUAUGAUUCAUUUUGAGAUCUUUUGAGAUUAAGAAUGAUUGAAUGUUGUAUGUACUUAGUCACUACAGAUUGUUUUUUAAUAACGUACUCAGCUGCACACACUGCACUGGUGCCAGAUCUGAGGAACAGUAUAUCUGAGAUGUUCAUAUCCUCUCAGUUCAUUAUAACUGUUAGUGUUUUUGCCUCUAAAUUUUAAAUUGCCUUGAAUGCAUAGAGUUGCCUGUUUGAGAAAAUACCAUUAAUAGUGCCUUCCAUCUCAUUCCAUGGAGGAUGACUGGUGUAGAAAAGCUUUUAUUGCAGAUUCUGUUUUUUUAAUUUUUAACUAUGUAUUGUUAAUUGCCUUUACUUUUAACACGAACUGACAACCCAAUGUGCCAACUGCUGCUCAGAAAUGUAAUGCCUUGUUGUAGACUGGACUUUGUAGCUUGUGAAUCUGGCAUGUUUACAUGCAGUGCAAUGCAUUUUUUUUUUCUCAUCACACGGUCUUUGUGUAUGAUACACAGUGUUUACUUUGAGCUCCUUUUUCAGCCUCAUGUUAAUCCAGGCCUUGCAUACAUGUAGACCUAUGUCACAGGUAUUUAAAUAUCUGUGGUGUUUUCAUAUUAUCCUGUAGCUAAACCCAGUAUUGUGCCUUCAGUCUAAUUAAUUCUAAUACGUAUGCUCACAAAUAAACAUCGGAUCAGACUGUUAA